CCGGUUCCCCUCUCCCCUCGAGCUCUCCCCGGGAAGGAAAACCUCCAACAGCAUCACCACAUCUGCCCGAGACAACUUGAUUUGAGGGGUCCACAAGCAAGGCAGGGAAGUCAUAAGAAACAACAGCGCCGUCGCUCGUUGCCUACCGGUACCCUACUGCUCUGCAAAACCAGGGCAUCAAAUCGGGAUAUCGGGAUCAUUCAAAGAUAUUUUGCUUCAACCAUGAAGUAUUCCGUUGUUUCCGUUUUGCUGAUCUCAGUACCAGCAGUAGCGACUUCAGUUGGUCCCUGUAGCAGUGACGAUCAGAAGCAAUUCCCCUACUGUAACACUAGUCUCCCCGUCAUUGAACGAGCAACCGAUCUAGUUUCUAGGAUGACUCAAGCUGAAAAGAUUGGGCAAAUGGUCAAUAGUGCACCACCCAUUGAACGAUUGGGAGUCCAACAAUACGACUGGUGGACGGAAUGCUUGCAUGGUAUCUCUGGUUCCUGUACCCACGGUGGACGUUGUCCCACCAGCUAUCCCAUGCCUAUUGGACUGGGUGCUACUUUCAAUCUGCCACUCAUCAAGAAAAUGGCAUCACAGAUUUCCAGCGAAGGACGACGCAUGAAUGUGGAGAACGAAGCCCAGCGCAAGCUGAACAGCAAAUGGCAUUUUAUUGGCCUUGACUUUUGGGCAUCCGUAAGUGGAAGUUUGGGGUUCGUCUGUGGCAAUCCAAUUCUGCUAGGGAAAACAAACCUCAACAAUCCAAAUUGGACGUUUCUUUUUCUGGGCAGUCGUUGGGGUAGAGGAAUGGAAACACCAGGAGAGGACCCAUACUUGAAUGGCCAGUAUGCUGUUAACUUCAUCAAGGGCAUGCAAGAGGGGGAGGAUCCACGAUAUCUCAAAACAGUUGCCACUCUCAAACAUUAUACCGCAUAUUCAGUGGAGAACUGGCACACCGACGAUCGCCAUUCUUUCAAUGCCAUAGUGUCCGAUCAAGAUUUGGUCCAGACCUAUCUACCUGCAUUUGAAGUUGGAAUCAAGGAGGGGAAAGCGGGGUCAGUCAUGUGUGCGUACAACGCCGUGAAUGGCAUUCCUGCUUGUGCCAGCUCCUUCCUAUUGCAGGAUAUUCUACGAGAUCAAUGGGAUUGGGAUGGUUAUGUUGUCAGUGAUUGUGAUGCUGUCAGUGAUGUCUUUAACAAUCACAACUACACCAAAGAUCCUGCCUCAGCAGCUGCUGAAUCCUUGAAGGCUGGAUGUGAUUUGGACUGUGGAAACUUCUACAAGAUUCACAUGGCAGAUGCUAUUCAACAAAAUGUGAUUAAAGAAAGUGAUUUAGACACAGCUCUGGUCCGACUCUUUACUGCCAAAAUCAAGCUGGGCGAAUUUGACCCCCCUGGAGGACAACCCUACCGCAAUUAUCCGUCCGAGACGAUCGGACACCCAGAUCAUGUAGAGACAGCACUUAGCUGUUCUUGCCCCAUGGAAGGACUGAAGAAUGCCUUCUCGGGAGAGGUAGUUGGAGUGAAAGGAUGUGAUUUGAAAUCCAAUGACACAACUCAUUUUGAUGAAGCUGUCAAGGCCGCACAAGGUGCUGAUGUUGCCAUCCUAUUCAUGGGCAUUGAUGGUGGCAUUGAGAAUGAAGGUAAUGACAGAAACAGUAUCGAUUUGCCGGGCUUUCAGUAUGAAUUUAUUGAUGCUGUUGCCAAGGUCCAAUCCGAAACUAUUCUGGUGCUGGUGAAUGGUGGGUCUGUGGAUAUUUCUGCGGCAAAGGAGAAUCCCAACAUUGUUUCCAUUCUGGAAGCAUUUUAUCCUGGAAUGAAGGGUGGAGAAGCUAUUGCUGAUGUCCUAUUGGGCAAGUACAAUCCAAGUGGACGUCUACCGUACACUAUGCACAAGAAGGACUUUGUAGAUCAGAUUCCCAUGAGUGACACGAGCAUGACCAAUGGGCCAGGUCGAACCUACAGGUAUUUCCAUGGUGAUGCCAUUUAUCCCGUUGGUUACGGACUGUCCUACACCACCUUUUCUUACAAAACGAAUGCAGUCGAUUGGUUCCUGCAGGAGGAUGGGACCCAAACUGGUGCCAAGUACCAAGUGAAAGUUACCAACACUGGCAACCUUGCAGGGGCAGCGUCAGUCUUGGCGUUCCUCUCUUUCAAGGAAGAGCAGAACUAUUCUAGUGUUGAUUUCUCUUGUCCAUUGUCCCAGCUUUUUGGCUUUGAAAAAAUCUAUUUGGAGCCUGGGGAGACCAAAAAAGUGUUUGUGUCAGCUCAUGUGAGUGCUUUGAAGUGCUUCCAUCGCACUGACCAUGUUCUAAAGAGCCCGUAUGGUUGGUACCAGGUGAACAUUGGGGAUGAGAUGGUGCAUGAAUUCCUUAGCAUGCCAGACAUGGCGAAGCUUGAGAAUGCAUAA